GAUGCAUUACGUGACUGCGUUUAGCAUGUGAGACUUUAGCUUGCUGAUCGAGCUGUCGAACGGGCAGUUUGACUAACGUGGUAAACUGAGGAGAAGAAGUUAAAAUGAGAGGUUUACGGACCAUAUUGGCCUCUGUUGCCAUGGUCGCAACGCUUGCUAGUGGGUUCGGAAUGUGGUUAGUGAUUUCACUUGGAAAUGAAAAAAACAUGGAACUACAUAAGCAUCUGCUCGAGUCCAACCCUGUGCGGAUGAAGGAGCACAGAGAGAGGAACGAGCUUAUUCUCCGGGUUCUGCAGGAGGCAGCGGAGACCGACGAGAAUAUUACUCGACGUUUUGGCCAGAAAUAGGAUUAACCGGAAUUGUGACUAUUGGUUGGUAAAUACCAGUAUGCGAUGAGGUGGACUUAUCAAAGGAUUUAUGUGAAUAAGCAUCAUAAACUUGAAUGUCAGCUCCAGAUAAGGGGCACGAAAAUUAGUGGUAAGGACAAAUGAUGAAAUAUGACGUUAAUAUGAAGUGUAGGGUUCAUUAGUAAUUGCUGUUAGAAAAUGCUCUUAUUUAGUUAAGUACUUUUUAUCAAGAGAAAUUUGCUGAACAUAAAUGGAAAUAAAAAGCUUGAAUAUUA